AUCAAUAAAGUGAGGCAAAACUUAUUUCAAAUCAAUGGCGUCGAGAAGAAGCCGUUAGCCCUUCCCGAGGCUGACGGGCCGGCCGUUUCCCGUCAGGAGAAGGUCUACGUGCCGGUCGAUGAGCACCCAGAGUAUAACUUUGUGGGCAGAAUACUGGGCCCCAGAGGUAUGACAGCCAAACAGUUGGAACAGGAGACGGGCUGUAAGAUAAUGGUUCGCGGAAGGGGUUCAAUGAGGGAUAAGAAAAAG